UACGACGCGUACCGCCAAUCCCAUGGAAACUCGCGUGGCAUUGGGACUGCGAACGCGAACACUAGGAUUCAUCGCAUAUCUAUUGUAAUGACAUCUAGACGGCCCCCUCUCAUGGAAAGCUCAGACAAUAACGCGAUGAGCUCCCCUGCUCCGACUUCUACGGCGCGUCGAUCAGGACGCGUCUCAAAAAUCCCAGAGAAAUUCGUUCCCGAUGCGCCCGCAGCCACAAAGCGUAAACGCAGCGGGGAACUGGACGACGAAGACGCCGAGAACGAGUCGCCCGACGAGGAAGACCACGAUGACGAUGAAGAAACCGAUGACGCGGGUGAAGACGACGUCGAACCGCGCAAUAACAAGAAGUCUUCCCAGGCGACGAAGCCCAAGAAACCGGCAGCGAAGAAACCAAAGAUCAAUGGCGAUGCGCCUGCCACAGGUAGUCACGCUGCCAGACUGCCGAGCCGGCCUAAGAAAGUUGUGCGACUUGCCAUCCAGAAUCGCGAGGGAGAUGGGCUCUAUGCCGACAUUUUCGGCUCCGGGGAUACAUCCGAUGAUGUCGCGGCCCAGUGGUACCAAAGAUAUCAGGAGGACAACACGCGCGCAGUAACCGACCUCGUCAAUUGCAUUCUCCUUUCCGCCGGAUGUGAUCAACUGGUGACUGAGGAUGACAUCCGAGACCCGGAGAACUGUCAGAACAGGCUGGCCGACCUUCAGAACGUCUACACAGAGGAGGGAAUAACCGACUAUCCUCUCAUUUCGAGAGCCAAGACCACCAGAUCGUUUCGUGACAUGCUUGUCGGCUUCUUCAAAUCGCUUGUGAACGUCAUGCAUGAGACGGAUGUCCUAUACAAGGAUGACGCGUUGAUGGAGAAUAUUGCCCGAUGGGUCGCUUCAAUGUCGUCGUCGACUCUUCGACCGUUUCGACACACGGCAACCACGGUCGCUCUUGCGAUGGAAACUGCCUUGGUCGACGUGGCCAAGAAACUCGACGGCCGCAUUACAAAGACGACUCAACAAAUCGAGGCAGAGAGGAAACGAAAGGGGAAGAACAAGGAUAGGCUUGCAGCAGUCCAGCGCGAACUAGAUGAAGCCAACCACAGUCGUGAGCUGUGUCAGGAGCAGAUCACCGACUUCUUCGAUACGGUCUUUGUCCAUCGCUACCGCGACAUCGACCCCAGGAUCCGAUCCGAAUGUGUUGAGGCUCUCGGAUCAUGGAUAUGGCUGCUCCCGACUGUCUUCAUGGAGCCCGAAUACCUGAGAUAUCUCGGCUGGAUGCUAUCGGAUGUUAUGCCACAGACGCGCCACGAGGUGCUCAAACAGCUUGCGAGGAUCUUCAAACGGGAUGCCGCCAAACUGGGCCACUUCAUUGAGAGGUUUCGGCCACGCCUCGUAGAGAUGGCAAUCAAGGACUCGGACGUGAGCACCCGCGUCGCGGCGAUUUCUGUCAUCGAAACAUUAAAGUCUACUGGCAUGCUAGAGCCUGACGAGAUCGACUCGAUUGGCAGCCUGAUUUUCGACACCGAACUGAGAGUCCGUAAAGCUGUGGUGGACUUUUUCGCCGGCUGUGUCAACGACGCAAUCGAGAGCAAGGUCGAGGAUAUGGGGGGAGACGAGGCAGUUGACGAGCUCUUUGGCGAGGACCAGGAGGACGACUUUUCUGCGCCGCGGAGAGACUGGAUCAGCAUCAAAUGCCUUGCCGAGAUCCUGGCUGCCUACGAUCUUCAGUUCGAAACCGACCAGCCUACGGAGCCCCCUCGCCCAUUGGACAUCGCGGUAGACAUGUUCAGCGAAGUUACGCCCGAGACUCGGAUUUCAAUGGCCACCCAGGUGUUGUAUGAGAAGAUCGAGCACGUCAGAAAUUGGGAGCUGAUCUCCGGCUAUCUUCUGUAUGACCAUACGACGAGCACAAAGUCGAAAUCCAAGUCGAGCUCGAAGUCGAAUGGGGCUGCUUUGAGGGAUGCUGUUGCGCCCCAGGACGGGGAAGAACCCAUCUUGCUGGAAGUCCUCUCGUCGGCUGUCAAACUGGCGCUGUCUCACAGUGCCGAAGCCAAGAAGAAGCCGAGACCAGAUGCUGGUGAGGCCCAGGAGGAGACGGCUCUUCACCUGGCCACAACGAUACCCCAACUCCUGAAGAAGUUCGGCGCCGAGCCCAGCACGGCUACCAUCGUCUUGAGGCUGGAACAUUAUCUGGAUUUGGACAUCUUCCAGCAGCUUCGCCAGAACCUGACCACGUAUGACAGACUGCUUGACGAGAUAUGUACCCAAUUCAACAGGCAUGUGGACAGGGGUGUCAUUGCAGAGGCCACUGCUGCAAUCCUGCAUGCCCGCCAGUUUGAUGAGGUGGAAGAAGUGAUCAACGGCAAGGUUGCAGUCCUCUGGGAGAACGUGGUUAACUCGUUGCGCAAUUUCGACAAGCUCUGCGAGCUAUCGAUGCGAGGAAACCUCGAUGCGGACUCCACUACCGAGCUAGGGAACGUUCUCAUGAAGAUUAGCAGGCUUGCCGGAAUCUCAAACCCUGUCGACGUGUUGGUGGCUGAUGGCCAGUCGGACGAGUCUAGCUCUCCUGCGAUCGAGAUAUUAGCCCGAAUAGUCCACCGAGGAAAGCUCGAGCAGGUCGACGAGGAUUUGGACGACCUCGAGGACGAGGCAGUGUCUUUUGGCAUCAAGUGCUGCCAUUUCUACUUCAUGUGGAAGGUGCGCUCGCUCGUCGCGUCGGUUCAAGAGGACUUGGACGUCGCCAGGAGCGAGAUCGAGCAUCUGAAUGCCCUGCGGAAGACCUACCAGACGAACCUCAUCUCCACUCUCUCCUCUCGGGGCACGAACGAUGACCUCCGUCUCUUCUCAACCGGCGCCCUGUGCGACCUCCACGUCCUCUUCGCAUCACUCAACCAGGCCAUCGCCCAAGCCCCGGGCGGGCCACAAAAGUACGCGCGGCUCUCGGUCCUCGUCGAGGAGAUCCCGCCCGGCCUCGUGGAUGCGGAGCUGAUCGAGAUCUUUGACUGCGCGGAGCGGGCGUACGCCAAGCGGGCCAAGAAGACGCUCAACGAGCCGGCGGACGACGAGGACCCCAUCGACGACGACAUGCUCUCGGACGACGAGGACGAGGACGGCGAGGACCUCUCGGUCGACGAGCGCAAGGGCAGGGAGCUCAAGGCUGAGAGGGGCCUGUGCCAGCUCGCGUCAAAGUACGUCAUGGCCAUCCUGGCAAAGGCGCUCGACGCGAGCGGGCCGCGCGCCGGCCGCCUCGCCAGGCGCAUGCUGCGGAACCAGAACAAGCUCGGCAACAACCUCAAGGAGAUCGUCGCCUACCUGGACGAGGACAAGCUGAGGGAGAGGAUGGCCGGCGCCGGCGGCGCCAACAGGAAGAAGAAGAAGGGCGACAGUAGCGCCAAGGCCAAGGCCAAGGAGCAGCCCGCCCCGGGAGGGCCGGCCGGCAAGAAGCAGGCCAUCAGCGAGGAGAUGGUCGACCCCGGAGACGAUGACUCGGACGAGGAGAAUCCCUUCGAGGAGGGCACCGAGGAGGAUCUCCGCCGUCGCGAGCUGCUGGAUCCGAUUGACGAUGAGGAUGACGGGGGGGAGAGGGGGAAUGGGGAUGUAGCUGGCGAGCAAGCCGUGGACGGAGAUGAGGACGAAUCUGUGUUGGGUGAUUGAAGGCAAAGGGAAGGGAUAUUCUAGAAGGGUUUCUAGGCGGGCUGAUGGUGGUGUAAAAGGCGUUUCCGGGCAGGGGUGAAGUGAACAUUGCUGAUGAUGAUGGCGGGGACCUUUUCUUCUUUUCUUCUUGCUCACCCCAUACGAAUUGGGAAACAUAUUUUGACUCCACUUGCGGGAUACUUUCUGGUGGUCCUGGUCAUGUUUAUUGAGGGAUAUUCUCCGGCUGGUGUAGGAAUAUCAAAGGUGCAAUGGAUUGGCGAUUCAGAACGCCCCUACAAGCAAACAUAACAGUACAUAGCGUCUAUUGACGUCGGGGUAUAAGCUCGCUCCUAUUAAUGUGCAAUCCAUGA